AUGGUCCUUAAAAGAGAGGGAGCAGCGCCCCUGUGGGUUUCCAAGGCUGUAACUGUGACUGGAGUUGAAAGUCUCAUUUUCGUCACUUUGGGGACCACAGAGUGCUUCCUCUUGGCAGCAAUGGCAUAUGAUCGCUACGUAGCCAUCUACAACCCACUUCUGUAUGCGGUUCACAUGUCACCCAGAGUCUAUGUGCCACUCAUCACUGCUUCAUAUGUUGGUGGUAUUCUGCAUGGCAUUCUGCACACAGUCGCCACUUUCAGCCUCUCCUUCUGUGCAUCCAAUGAAAUUAGACAUGUCUUUUGUAAUAUGCCCGCGCUUCUUGCCAUCUCCUGUUCUGACACGCACAUCAACCAGCUUCUCCUCUUCUACUUUGUGGGUUCUAUUGAGAUAGUUACCAUCUUGAUUGUCUUGAUUUCCUACUUUUUCAUUCUUCUGGCCAUUCUGAGGAUGCGCUCUGCUGAAGGACGACGAAAAGUGUUCUCCACUUGUGGCGCACACCUAACUGGUGUGUCCAUUUAUCAUGGGACAAUCUUGUUCGUGUAUAUGCGACCAAGUUCCAGCUAUGCUUUGAAUCAUGACAUGAUAGUGUCUAUAUUUUACACCAUUGUGAUUCCCAUGUUAAACCCCAUUAUUUACAGUUUAAGAAACAAAGAUGUGAAAGAAGCAAUGAAAAAAUUGUUUGAGAAACUUGGUUUUAUGCAUAAUGUACAUUUUUAG